GAAGCAGCUGUUAGUUUGUUGCUUUCCACUCCUCCAGAGAGCAACUACUUCUACUCGAAUGCCCUACGUGCAGUGGCUCUUUCUUCUGCUGUGUCCAAGUCUCUCCUUGAACUUGCAGUCAAGGUGAGAGCUAGUGUCUUUGGAGCUGCAUAGACCCACGGAGAAAUAAACUUCAAUGUAACUUUUCAGUGACGCUAUGCUAUCGUAUGAUCAUCUUAGGUUGUUGCAGCCAACAUGGUCAGGACUGACAGAUCACUCUCUGGUACUCAUCUACUUUGUGCUGUUGGAAGGCAUCAAGAAGCAUGUUCACAGGUUUAGUUCUAUUUGCUUAUCAUCUCUUGUACAUUCACGUCAUCUUAUUCCUCGGUCUCUUGUUCACCGAAUUGAAAAGGCAGAACGCACGAGAAAGUAAGUAGGCAAACAUUUCAGCUCUGGGAGAGCACUGAAUAUCGUAUAUACACCUCUGUACAUUACUCGUGCAGCUGCAAGAUGCUGGGUGCUGGACUGAUGCUGCAACUCUGGCAGCUACUCAUUUGAAAGGAUCAGAUUAUGCAAGGGUGCUGCAGAGGUGGGCAGGCCAUGUUCUUCACACGGAGCAUAAUGUCUGGAGGUAAACACUACUUUUUUAUCUCGUUUCACAGCUUCGUUGGUUGGCCAUCUCCGCGGAUAACUUUCCUCGACUAUAUCACGAGCCUUCUUUACUAUAAUGUAGGGCACUUAUACUAUACGUUGCUGCCGGUGCUUUGCCCGAGGCUUUGGCAGCACUCCGCGAGGCGCACCAACCCGAUACAGCUGCCAUGUUCAUCCUCGCCUGCCGUGAAAUCCACUCCGAAAUCCUCUCGAAUUCAGAGGAAGAACUAGAUGGUCCGUCAGUCAAGGAUCCGCCGCCUAACUUGCCCGGUUUGGACCCAGAGAACGAAGAUGUUUUGGUCGUCGGUGAAUACUUCGGACAGUACCAAAGGAAACUGGUGCAUCUCUGUAUGGAUUCUCAGCCAUAUUAUGACUAAAUCUCUCGGCCCUUCUCUUCAAAUGCCGAGGACCAACUCCCCAUCGGGUGGUUAAAAGUGGCCACCAACGAACCAUUACUACUAGAAGCAGCAACUGAUGCGAGAUUCAUCGCUAUCAACGGCAGCAAACGUUCCUGCUGCAAAUCUCUCAUUGUUGCCAGUGUACUACGGCUGCCACCGAAGUUUUUGCAGGUAGAUCGCCAUUUCGACAUAAUAUUAUGACGAAAAGGUAAAUUUUUUUAUAGCUUCAUUCUUUUUGCAACAACGAAGGGGUUGUUGCGAUUGGCUUUUGUGUAUUUUUCUUUUCCCCUGCUAAGACCAAUUUUGUGAGAUGGUUCCAAUAUGAUGCUGUAUUGUGGCGCGAAAAUUUGAGAAUUUAUAAUCUUGUACUAGAUCUGGGCUCCCGCCAAUUGUAAAAUGGGCCUUCUAGCCCACUUUCGGCCCAUCUUCAUCACCCCAACAGAUUAGGAUUCUUUCUUUCCUAUUCCGAAUCCGAAUCUGAAUUCCUUCACCGGCUAUAUAAAGCUUCUAGUAAUUGCCUAUUUCCAUUAGCUACACACAUUCUCCAUAGAGAAGUCAGAAAUCACAGUUCCGUUCUUCUCUCUCGCGAUUCGCCGCCGAUCGAAGAUGCAGAAGGCUACGCUACAAGCUCUCUACAUCCCGCCUUUCAAACUAGCCGCAGCGAAGAAUUCCGGCGGCCGGAGCGACGACGAAGCCUACCAGAGACUCGCCUGGGAAGCUCUGAAGAAGAGCAUCAACGGCCUGAUCAACAAGGUCAACUCGUCGAACAUCGGCAACGUCAUCCCGGAGCUCUUCGCCGAGGACCUAAUUCGCGGCGCCGGCCUCCUGUGUCGAUCCUGCCUCAGGUCGCAGAUGGCCUCCCCGUGCUUCACCGACGUGUUCGCCGCGGUGAUCGCCGUCGUCAACUCCCGGAUCCCGGAGAUCGGAGAGCUCCUCCUGAAGCGGAUCGUCUGGCAGCUCAACAAAUCUCUCCGCUGCAACGACAAGCCACGGCUCCUCGCGCUUGCGAAGUUCGUCGCGCACCUCGUCAACCAGCGAGUCGCGCACCACACACUCGCACUCGAGCUGCUCCACCGCCUGCUCGAAAACCCUAGCGACGACGGCGUCGAGCUCGCGGUCGCCUUCCUGAUGGAAUGCGGAGCGCUCCUUCACGACCUCUCGCCGAGAGGACUGGCCGCGUGUUUCGAUCGAUUGCGCGACGUCCUGCACGAGGGGGAGAUCGACAAGCGAGUGCAGUUUCUGAUCGAAGGCCUGUUCGCAAUUCGAAAGGCGAAUUUCAGAGGUUACCCUGCGAUUCGGCCCGAGCUGGAUCUCUUGGAGGAUGACCAGCAACUCACUCAUGAUGUUUCUCUCGACGAUUCGGGCGUCGAUCCGGAGCUAGGUCGGAAUGUGUUCAAAUUCGACCCCGACUAUGCUCUACAUGAGUCCCAAUUCGAAGCGAAAAAGAAGAGCAUUCUCGGCGAUCAGGACGAAGAAGAAGAAGAAGAAACAUCCACCGGUUCAGAAUCUGAAUCCGACGAAUCGGAAGAAGAAGAUGAUCUCGAGAUCAAGGACAAGACCGAGACAGAAGCAGUGGAGCUCCGUCGGACCAUCUACCUGACGAUCAUGAACAGCCUGAGAUUCGAGGAGCUUGGACACAAGCUGCUCUCCCUAAACAUUGCACCAGGGCAGGAGCUGGAGAUUUGCAGGAUGCUAGUAGAGGCUUGUGCACAGGAGAAGACCUACAACCGGAUUUACGGUCUCGUAGCCCAGCGGCUCUCCAUGAUUCGCCUAGCCUAUCGGGCGAAUUUCGAGAAGUGCUUCGCGGAGCAGUACUCGACGAGCCACCGUCUGGAGACAAACAAGUUGAGAAAUGUGGCCACAUUGUUCGCGCACUUGAUUGCAACUGAAGCAUUGCCGUGGGAUGUUUUGGGAUAUGUUCGGCUGUCCGAGGAGGACACGAACUCGUCGUCGAGGAUCUUUGUGAAGUAUCUGUUUCAGGAGAUGUCGGAGCAGCUGGGGAUUCGGAAGCUGAACGAGAGGCUGACAGAGAAUGCUGCUGUGCUGGGGGACUCGAUUUUUCCGAAGGAUAGUACGAGGAACGCGAGGUUCUCGAUCAACUUCUUUACGCAGAUAGGGCUUGGUGGGUUGACUGAAGGGAUGAGGGAGCAUCUGAAGGAGAUGGAAAGAGUUGCCAAGGAAGAUCGAGAGAAGAAGCUUGGUGGUUCGGAAUCGGAGGUGGAAGAGUCGAGCUCCGAUGAUGAAGGUAGAGAUAGAAAGAGGAGGCGAAGAAAGAGCGACGGAAGAGACAGGAAAAGAAGUAGGAGAGGUUGAAGAAUGCAGCAGCCGAUCAGACAAACAGACAUUUUUUCUGCAACUUGUAAAUAUGUUACAGUCACACUCACCGAAGGAAAUUGUUUCAACAACAUGUUUUUUCAUUCGAUUCUAACAAUGUUCUUUUCCAAUUUCAAUUUCGAAUUUUAAAUCCGCAAUAACUUCUCAUUCUCGUCGAUAUUCUUAAAAUAAAUCUCGAAUAAUCAAACUACAUGCUCAUUUCUUCUUGAAUAGGUAAAGCGCCACCAGCCAUUCUUCGCCAUUGUUGUACCUAAAGAGCUCUGCCACUGCCAUGAAGAACGUUCGCCAGUAGACAGUCCACUUCACAGCCUGAUCCUUGCCGUAGGUGGACUCCAUUAUCGGCUUGAUGGAACCCAUGUUCUUGUCCAUCCUUUUCAGCCACUCCUCACUGCAAGCAUUCAGUACGGUAUCGAUUAGCAUUCGGUACAAUGUUGGAGGAGAAAGCUAAGCAAAUCAGUUCUGGGUAUUCUAUGUAAGAAAAUUCUCAGACAGUUGCAUAUCCUCACCUUGUCUGUGCAUAAUGAUUUCCAUUCACAAGCCACUGAUCUACAACUGAGACAUCAUCCUACACGCAUGUACGUUUCAACUCGGUGAGAAGUAAGGCAACUAUAGUAUCAAGUAGGGUUGCCUAAACCGCGACCUGAUUAGAGAGAUGGAUCGAAAUUUCACCUGGAAAUAGAGCAAGAGAUUAGCAGAAGGCAUUGUGCCUCCACUGAAGAAGUACCUAGCUAGCCAAUCCUCCUCUUGAUUGUCCUGAACAAAAACAAGCAGAAACUCGUGUUUGUAACCGCAAAUCAGAGCCCACCACACUCAGCAAACUUGGGUUCAAAGCCAUAGGUACCUCAAAAUGAUAUGGAAACACCUUGUGGCAGAAGUGAUGAACGAAAAGGCGGCCAUCUUGUUUCAUCCACUUGGAUAUCUUUCCCAGCAGAUCUCUGUAGUUCUUCAUAUGCUGUUUUGCACAACAGUACAGUUAACAAAUCUAUGAUCUCCUGACAAAGCAGGGACAAAGGGCACUACAUUACCUCAAACAUCUCGAUCGAGUAUAUUCGAUCAAAGGAAGCCUCCAUUUCAAACUUGCUAAUAUCAGCAACAUGUAUCUCUACAUUCUGCAACUGGCGAUCCCUAUCGAAAACCGAAAAGAAACAAAAGCGGGGAAACCUUAAAUAAACCUGAAUUUCCUCCCUUUCUUGAUGGCAUGGUUACACGUCGAUAACAAGGUUGGAGAUCGAACAGUAUAGCAUACCGACAUUGGUCCUCGAUGAACGCUUUCUGAGUCGUGGAAUUGCAGAUCCCAGUGACCUUACAGUUACUGUACUUGGAUGCAAUGUAGAGGACGAGCGAACCCCAACCGCACCCGAUAUCAAGCACUGUCUGUCCAUCUUUCAGCUCCGACCUCUCGCAGUACAGUUCCAGCAUUGCCGCCUCAGCAUCCUCCAGUGUACUUCCCUUGUCAGAGAAAUAGCAGCAACUGCAAGAAAAGCAAAAUAGUUAA